AUACGAUAGCUUCCAUAAUUGAGAAUUGGGCACUUUGUUUGAAGUCGUGGUCGUUUGCGAAGUUAUCUCUUAAAAAAUGGCUGCGAGAUACCGAGAUGUUGGUACGAAAGUAUACAUUGGUGACCUCCCUAGAGAGGCAUCUGAACGAGAACUAGAACGCAUAUUCCGGGAGUACGGAAGGUUGCGUAACGUAUGGGUUGCGAGAAAUCCACCUGGUUUUGCUUUUGUUGAAUUCGAAGAUGCUGCAGAUGCCAGUGAUGCGGUGCGUGAACUCGACGGAACAGUCAUGUGUGGUGUCCGCGCCCGUGUUGAACUGAGCACUGGAAAGUCGCGACAGAAGCCGUGGGUACGUGGAGGUGGUGGUGCUCGUAAUGGUGGAGGACGUGACAAUGGAGUUGGUUCUCGCCGUAUGAAACCGUUUGACCCAACAGAUCGGUGUUACGAGUGUGGAGAACGCGGACAUUAUGCCUACGAUUGUCGUCGUCGGAGUGGUGGGCCGGGUGGUCCAAAUGGACGCAGCAGGCCUGAAGGCCGAAGAAGGUCGAGGUAAUUCAUCUUACUCGCAUGUCGUCUGGUAUCGUCUCGGCUACCAUGAUACGUUAUCAACUGUAUCAGUUUUAUCAUCCAAGUACGGCAUCCUUAGACUAUAUCGACAUCCUAUCUCGCAGUGUAACAGCUCAGUCAAACGCUGGUGCUCUAAAUUCCGUAGCGGUGACUCGUCACUAGCACGCGGAAUGUACUAUGAAAAGACUGGUCUACAUAGGCACUUCAUUCAAAAAUUGGCAUCUUUGACUUCAUUGCGGCGGGCAUAAACUGCCUUACAUCUCGGCAUCUGUGAGCCGUCGACAUCGUCGUCGUGACUACAGACAGCCUCUAUAGUUAACGUCCGUAGAGACCUACAGCUUGUUUUCCUUCAUGCCUAAACGUAUCUGUGUCAAACCAUAGGAGUUUCUCCCGAAGUCGCAGUCGUUAAUGUAAAUGAGGUUCGCAGGUUCACAAUGCAUUUCACUUCAAGUCCAAAAAGGUCCAGGUCGCAUCAUACCGUUUUCUAUCCAAAAUAUAAUUAAUACUCAUU